CUAGGCCGCUGCUGGGGGGGAACGGGCUUCUCUGGCACGCUGACUCUGCUGCUCUGGAGGAUUCACGUGUGGUGAGAAGACGCGGGCGGUGGGACGGGAGAGGGUCCCGGGACCGCCUACAAAGCGGUAGAGUGGCCUCCCUGGUUUCCUGGGACCCGGCUGGAGGGCAGAGGGCCUAGCUGCUAGGCACCCCGGUGCCCUCAGCACCAGCUUGAUACAGUACCCCUGGUGAAACCAUGACCAGAUGGGCCCGAGUUACUACCGCACGUAACAAAAGACCCUUGCCUGCAACAUCAUGGGAGGAUAUGAAGAAGGGGUCCUGUGAAGAAAAAAGCCAAAGCCUCCCCCAAAACAAACAACUUGAAGCCAAUAGACUGCCCCUUAAAAAUGAUGCACCCCAAGCAAAACACAAAAAGAACAAGAAGAAAAAGGAGUACUUAAAUGAAGAUGUGAAUGGAUUUAUGGAAUACCUAAGACAAAACUCUCAGAUGGCUCACAGUGGGGAGACAAUAGCAACAAACAGUCAGGAAGUAAGGGAAGAAAUUGCAGUUGCUUUGAAAAAAGAUAGUCGCAGGGAAGGAAGACGAUUAAAAAGACAAGCAGCAAAGAAAAAUGCAAUGGUAUGUUUUCAUUGUAGAAAACCUGGCCAUGGGAUUGCAGAUUGCCCAGCCGCCCUUGAGAAUCAAGAUAUGGGCACUGGGAUAUGUUACCGAUGUGGAUCUACAGAGCACGAGAUAACCAAGUGCAAGGCUAAAGUAGACCCAGCUCUCGGUGAAUUUCCUUUUGCAAAAUGCUUUGUUUGUGGGGAAAUGGGGCACCUGUCCAGAUCUUGCCCUGAUAAUCCCAAAGGAGUCUAUGCUGAUGGUGGUUGCUGCAGACUUUGUGGCUCUGUGGGACAUUUUAAGAAAGAUUGCCCUCAAAGUCAGAAUUCAGAUCGAAUGGUUACAGUUGGUCGCUGGGCAAAGGGAAUGAGUGCGGACUAUGAAGAAAUUUUGGAUGUGCCUAAACCACAGAAACCCCAAACAAAGAUACCUAAAGUUGUUAAUUUUUGAUAAUGAUCAGUACUAUCAUAAAUUACCGCCUUGUUACAUUCUGAACUGGGCCUUUUUCACAAGCUGGAGCUGGGCUCCCGGGGAGAGGCCUGUGUUGUAGGUGUCAGUGUGGUCUGCGUGUUCAAACCGUUUCCUGAGUCCUGUCCAUCAGGGAGUACUCAUGCUGCGUGCAGAAAGUCACCGAAGAAAAGCAUAAGAUGUUUAAAUUGCAUUCUUUAAGAUAAAUUUUUUUUAACAGAUGGGACUUAGGUGUAUGUAAGUGGUUACAUAGCUAAUUGUAACAAUCCUCUUUUCCUUAAAAACAAAAUUAUGUGCUCAUCUGAACCACCCCUAAACAAAGGUAACUGCUGUACAUUUGGGAAUGAAUUUUUAGCUAUAUUGUUUUUCAGGUUCAAAGUAUCAGUUUAUUUAUAAGUUGCCAAAAAAUCUGUAUUUUUACAAUAUUUAAUAAAAACUUAUUUGCUAUUUUA